AUGAAAUUAAAUAAAUCUAAUUUUCUUUCAGAUCAUAUAGUUAAUCGAACUUGCUCAUCAAUUAAAAAUGUAAAAAAUAACAAUAAAGAAAUCAUUGUUUUGGGUCAUCGUAAUCCAGAUACAGAUGCUAUAACAGCAGCAAUUGUUUAUAGUGAUUUUCUUCGUCAAAUGAAUAUCAAUGCUAAAGCUUAUCGUCUUGGUAAUCUCAAUAAUGAAACAAAAUUUAUACUUAAAACAGUUAAUAUUAAAGAACCAGAAAUGUUACCUGAUAAUAUACCCAAUGGAACAGAAGUUGCUUUAGUUGAUCAUAAUGAAAGUCAACAAUCAAUGAAAAAUUUAAAUAAAAUGCGCAUUACUCAUGUUAUUGAUCAUCAUAAAUUAGGUGAUUUAACAACUUCAGAACCAAUUUAUUUACGUAUUGAACCUGUUGGAUGUACGGCAACAAUUUUAACAAAAUUAUAUCGUGAAAAUAAUUUGAAUAUUGAUCAAAAAAUGGCUUUUCUAUUAACUAGUGCUAUUAUUAGUGAUACACUUCAUUUUCGAUCACCUACAACAACAAAUGAUGAUCGAAAAAUAUUAGAAUAUCUUGUUCCACUUGCCAAAAUAGAUGAUAUUAAAUCAUAUGCUCAUCAAAUGUUCGAAGCUAAAAGUGAUUUAAAUGGAUUUUCAACAGAACAAAUUCUUCUUCUUGAUUAUAAAACAUAUUCUUUUAAUAAUGAAACAUGGGGAAUAGGUACAGGUGAAACAUUUAAUAUGAAUAAAAUGCUUGAACGAAAAGAUGAAUUACUUAAAGAAAUGAAAGAAGAAAAAAAACGAAAUAAUUUAAAAGGUAUUUUAUUUUCAAUUGUUGAUAUAAUAAAAGAAAAAAAUUUAACAUUAAUUCCUGAUGAUAUUGAAGAAAAAGUUGUACAAGAAGCAUUUAAAGUUAAUAUUAAACAUCAUAUAGCUGAUCUUGGAUCAAGACUUAGUCGUAAAAAACAAAUUAUUCCAGUACUUGAAAAAUAUUUUCAUCAAAAAUCUUAA